AUGAAUAUCUUCCUGUGUUCCCGGGCUCGUCCGCUGGCUACUGGUGCGGCGGCCGCCGUCCGAGAAGCAACAAAAAACCUUCGCCACUCGCCGACACUCGGCUUGGCCAGGCCGACCUCGCGAUGGAUAUCGUGCGCCGGUCGCAAGGACUUGCGGCCUAGAUACUGUGGCUACAUGGUAGCUUGGUGUCAGACACCGGCCAUAGCCCAACCACACAGCCGCCGAAGGACCCUAUUCUCGCAUCACGGGAUCCGCGACUACGAACAACUACCAAGCGAGUACCAGGACAAGACCGGACUGCCAUUUCGAAGCAAAGAACUAAGCGAGGCCGAAGUGCAGCGCAUAUUCGGCGCCGACAUGAAAACGGAGCCGGGGAACUAUCUACUACGAGUGCUCCACGGUCGCCGGGUCGCCGGCACGCUCGACGACCCAAUGUACGCCGUCAACACGAGGCAGUUUACCGACGAGCAGGUGGACAGGGCGCUGGCGUAUCUAAGAAAAGUGGCGCCGGUAGAGGAGAUUCGCAACGCGGGUUUGCGUGCCGAGGAUGAGCUGGCCGUAAUUGAGAAGCAAAUGGGCAAAACGGCGCGGGCAGCCGCGGAGGUCCGGCCCAACGAUGACAAAGCGGAGACGGAACGAGAGGUGCCGUAUGUGCAAGAUCCAGUCUACGGACACAGCGUAUUCGACCAGAUACGGGCGACGAAUCGAGCGAAGCAAAAAGCGAGAGAUGUGGCCAAGGAAAAGGAGCGGCUGGAAAGAGAGGAGCGUGAAGGCAUCGUCUCGGGGACGCUGGAGGAGCUUGAUCAAGGGAGUCGCGGCCCCCAGACGAGGGCGAUUACGAACCCCAAGAUCCAGGCAUACUACGAAGCGGCACAAUCAGACCUAUCAGAGCCGCCAGAAAUGUCAGCUUGGGCGAGAAUCCUGCCCAGCGCUGUUGUGACUGCAUUGGUGCUCGGAGUCAUGGCUGCCAUUGGCAUAGUGUACGAGGAGCCGGCCCAGCGCUACCGUCUCUUCCCCGAGAUCUCAACAGCGCAGGCGACCGUGGCGGCGCUCGUGGGCGUCAACGUCCUGGUCUAUCUGGCGUGGAAGGUGCCGCCGCUCUGGAAGCACCUCAACAAGUACUUCAUCGUGUCCGUCGCGACGCCGCGUCCGCUGGCCAUGUUCGCCGCCAUCUUCUCGCACCAGUCGCUCGGCCACCUGCUGGCCAAUAUGGUGCCGCUCAUGGUCAUCGGGCCGGCGCUGCACGCGGAGCUGGGCGGCCGCGCCGACUUCCUGACACUCUUCCUGGCGUGCGGGUCGCUCGGCUUCGUCGGGUCCGUCGCGACGUACGCGUUGCGCGGCAUGCUCGGCACAACGACCAUGGGCGGCUCCGGCGCGACGCUGGGCCUGUGCGCGGCGUACUUUUGGGCGCACCGCUCCGACGGCUUCCGCUUCCUGGGCCUGCCCGAGGGCGGCGUGCACGGCAUCGUGUUCCUGGCGGCCCUGCUGGGCCUGCAGCUCGCGGGCGUGGGCCGGGCGCUGGAGCGCAAGAUUGACCUCGCGAGCCACCUGGCGGGCUUCGCGGCGGGCGUGGCGGGCGUGGAGGCGGUCAGGCGGCGGACAGCGAUGCGCAGCAGGGCGACGGAGGGACGGGACGGGAGGAGCGUCAUUGAAGUCAUGUACUGGCUGAAGCCGGCACUGCAGGCGCAGAUGGAUAGGACGUCGACGACGAGGCAAGCUGCGGAGAAGGAGCAGGCCAAGAGACUGGAAAAGAAGUGA